AUGAUUUCUCUGUUCUUUGUUCUGCUCAUUGGAGCCGCUUGUGAGUCUAGUAAUGAUCAUAGAAAAAAGAACAGGACUGUGUUAUGACACUAACAUCACACAUUUGUUUCUUUGACGUUAUUAAGAAAUAUGUUGUUGUUGUUGUUUUAUCAUAGUGCUAUGCUUUUCCAUCUCAAAAGGUGAGGUAAUAUAGCUAAGAAUGUGCCUGCUCUCUGUUUCUAGUCGCCACGGAGGACGACAAGAUCGUCGGAGGGUAUGAGUGCAAGGCCUACUCCCAGCCCCACCAGGUGUCUCUGAACGUUGGGUACCACUUCUGUGGUGGCUCCCUGGUCAACGAGAACUGGGUUGUGUCUGCUGCUCACUGCUACAAGUCGUAAGUAGCCUACCAUGUGAACUACUAGCAACAUAUUGAGUCAAAAACAACUAGCAACAAUUUGAUAAGCUUACCUUUUGCAAAACUAAAGGAGACAAGAGAACUCCACAUUCACAUGAACUGUCUCUCUGUCUCUUUCAGCCGUGUGGAGGUGCGUCUGGGCGAGCACAACAUCAAGGUGACUGAGGGUAGCGAGCAGUUCAUCUCUUCCUCCAGUGUGAUCCGUCACCCCAACUACAGCUCCUACAACAUCGACAAUGACAUCAUGCUGAUCAAGCUGAGCAAGCCCGCCACCCUCAACUCCUACGUGCAGCCUGUUGCUCUGCCCAGCACUGUGCCCCCGCUGGCACAUGUGCACCGUUUCUUUUCUGGAUUGGGCAACACCAUGAGCUCCAGGAGUACAGAACCUGGGUCAAAG